CUUCACAUGAGAGUCCACACUGGAGAGAAACCCUUCAGCAGCGGGAAGACGUUCCCGAGCGCUUUAGACCUGAAGAAUCACCUGACCGUUCACACCAAGGAGAAACCGCAUUCGUGCCAUUUGUGUGGAAACAGGUUUUCACAUCGACAGAGUCUGAAAGAACACGAGAAAAUACACAGCGGCGUGAGAGAUCACGUUUGCUGCGCGUGCGAGAAGACCUUCACCACGGCGCAGUGUUUAAAACGACACGAGAGGAUCCACACCGGAGAGAAACCCUACGAGUGUUCACACUGCCACAAGAGAUUCAGAGACUCAUCCAGCCUGAAGACACACGAGAUGAUCCACACCGGAGAGAGACCGCACGCCUGCGACCAGUGCCAGAAGAGCUUCACACUGAAGGCGAGGCUCACGGACCACAUGAGAGUCCACACCGGAGAGAAGCCCUUCACCUGUGGACAGUGCUGGAAGAGUUUCUCGCUGUCCGGACACUUCAAGAAACACAUGAACAUCCACACCAGAGAGAAGCUCUACACCUGCGCUCGCUGCGGGAAGACGUUCCUGAGAGCUUCGUACCUGAAGCAGCACCAGACCGUUCACACCAAGGAGAAACCGCAUUCCUGUGAGCUGUGCGGAAAGAGCUUUUCUCGUUUGGAGAAUUUGAAAGUGCAUCAGAAAACACACGCUGCGGUCAAAGAGUACGUGUGCUUCGAGUGCGAGAAGACCUUCACUACAGCGAGCCAUUUGAAGCAGCACCAGAAGAUCUCCGGAGAGAGACCUUACCAGUGUUCGCUCUGUGACAAGACAUUCAGUCGGAGAGGAACCCUGAAAAUACACCAGAGGACUCACUCCGGAGAGAGACCGUACGGCUGUGCUGCGUGCGGGAAGCGCUUCAAUCACUCGUCUGCUCUUCACAAACACACUAAACACUGUCGUCUUCAGGUCCAGCUCUUUCAGGUUUGAUGUGAGACAUCCCCGGAUGAGUGAAUAAGUGAAGUCCUUUUACUUUGUUACUGUACUUAAGUGCAUUUCUGUUUCCUCCUUGUUUAACUGAAGAAGGUUUAGC